AUGGCCGGCGGUGCGAAGAAGCCCAUUAACAUCUUCCGGUUGAAGAAUACCGGCGAACCGCCGGAGAUCUUCAACUGGAAGCUUUGGUUUGCGGUCGUUUCGUUUGGUUUGAUGGGAGCGGCGCGCGGUAUCGACGAAGGUCUCAUUUCUGGUGCUUUCAACUCCAAGGACUUCCAACGCUACAUCAACUAUGAAUCCUAUUCCACGACUGAACAAACCAACAUCAAGGCCAAUGUCACAGCCAUGGUGCAAAUCGGCUCUGUCGGCGGUGCUCUUUUCGCCUUCUUGGUCUGUGAUCGCAUCGGUCGUAUCUGGGCCACUCGUCAACUCUGUGUCCUUUGGAUCAUCGGUAUGGCAAUUUUCAUGGGUAACAAUGGUUCCCUCGGUGCUGUCUAUGCUGGUCGUUUCAUCGCUGGACUCGGUGUUGGUCAAACUGUCGUUGUCGCACCUGUGUACCUUGCGGAAAUUGCCCCGGCUGCUAUUCGAGGUCUUUGUACCUGCGUCUUCACUGGUUUUGUCUAUCUCGGUAUUGUCCUCGCAUAUUUUGCAAACUAUGGAUGUCAAGUCAACCUCGGAGAUAACACUCACAACCGUUGGGAGGUUCCCACCAGUCUCCACAUCAUAUUCGCUGGCCUGAUCUUCUGCCUCUCCUUCUUACAGUAUGAGUCCCCUCGAUACCUCAUCAAGUGCGGCAAAAAUGAACAGGCCGUGGAGAAUCUUGCCCGACUCCGUGGUCUCCCUGCCGACCACGAAUACGUCGUGAAUGAGAUCAAUGCUAUUCAGAGCGCCCACCAGAUGGAACUGGAGGCGACAAUGGGAUCGGGCCCGAUCGGUAUCCUCAAGGAGACCUUCCUUGUUCCCUCCAACCUAUACCGAGUCUACCUUACUCUCAUGGCUCAGAUUCUCUCCCAAUGGUCCGGUGCCGGAUCUAUCACUGUCUACGCCACUGAUCUUUUCGAGCUCCUGGGAAUCACUGGAAGUAAUGAGAACCUCUUGGUGACCGCCGUCUUCGGUAUCAUCAAGCUCAUCGCCGCUGUUGCAUGCGCUCUCUUCUUGGUCGACGUGAUCGGUCGCAAACGCGCCCUGCUCCUCGGAAUCACCUUCCAGGCUGUUGCCAUGAUCUACAUCGCUGGCUUCCUUACCGCUGUGCCUCAGAUGGGUGUGGUGGAUGGGUUUAUCCUACCCGAGAGCCAGAAGGGAGCUAGCCGGGGUGCCGUUGCUAUGAUCUAUCUCUCCGGAUUCGGUUGGGCACUGGGCUGGAACUCGAUGCAAUACCUGCUCACCGCAGAGCUGUUCCCUCUACGCAUCCGUGCGCUGGGCACCUCGCUCUCUAUGACCCUCCACUUCGCCAAUCAAUACGGUAACUCUCGUGCGGUGCCCAACAUGCUUCUUCCCGUGGCGGACGGUGGCAUUAGUCCCAAGGGAACCUUCUGGUGCUUCGCUGCCGUGACGAUUCUUGGUGGUGCCUGGGUGUGGUUCAGUGUUCCAGAGACGGCUGGUCGGUCUCUCGAGAGUAUGGAUCGUCUGUUCUCUCUGCCCUGGUACCAGAUUGGUCGCCAUGGUAAUGCGGAGGCCGAGCUGCAGGAUGCGGCGGUUGAUGAGAAGAUGGAGGCGAUUGCCACGCAACAGGGUACCGCAGCCCAUGUGGAACGCUCGGGUUCCCACGUUUAG